UACUAUUACUUUUUUUGAGGGAACAACAAAUACAUUUUGUGAACUGUGUGGCACUGGAGGAAGUUGUCCUUUUUUUUAUUGGCUGUACAUUUUAUUUGUCCGUCAUAUUUCAGCUCCAGAUUCUUGGGAUUCUGACACCUGACUGAAGAGCUUUUGAAGUGUCUCAAAUGUCACAUAGCGAUCGUCUCAAGCAUCUCCCCCUAACCUCCAUCCACCCCGAUUCCACACCAGAGCCCCCCCGGCUCUUAUCACUGGCCACUUACAGGGCCUGACGUCCGUGGGGGGCUGCGCUUUAUUUUGGAGUGCAGCCAUUUGCUAUUCUUAAAACUCAGUGGUGCAGUGCCGAGGGAGAGCUCUCUGUUCUCCCUCCACUUCUUUUUCUUCUGCUCGUAGGCGUCGUCCAGUAUUAUGUUUCUUGUCGCAAGCAAAGGGAGCGGACUUGAUUAGUGAGUGGGAGCUUCUUUAGUGUGUAAUUGCGAGGAGACCUUGCUUCACAUCAGUCAUGAGCUCCAGCCUUGUCAACUCUUUAGCCAAGGUCUAUGAUCCGAAUCCUCUUCAUGGCCAGAAGGCCGGUGGAAGGAGGCUCUCUCUUAACGGAUCAGACAAGUCCCAAGCCUCUUCGCCGUCGCCUUCCUCCCCUCACGACGCAGCCCUGCGCCGCGUGGAGAGCCGGAUGGACUCGCUGAGCUCUCAGAUGGAGCGCUUGCUCAGCAUGCAGCAGACCGUCUUGACCCGGCUGGAUGGCCUGUCCCUGGACGUCAGGGGCAUAGGUCGGGAUCUGGCACUGAUGCAUGAAGGCGGCGCUGGGGGGAGACGCGGCUCUCGGGGUCAGGCGGCGUGCGGAGAGCUACAUGGCACCGUUGAGAGGGCCAGCGAGCAGAUGGAGAGUCAGGGACGCAGGCUGGACGGGGUGGAGAGGCUCGUGGAGGGCACCCAGCAGGUGAUCAGCUUCAUUGGGGAGGUAUUGAAGAGCUCCAGGCUCGUGGAGCUGCUGUUCAAACAGCCCGGAAAGAAGGCCGGCAGGAAGGCAAAAGAUGACAAGGAUGCAGCCAAACUGAGCCAGAAGGGCUUAAAGGCCCAGAAGAAGAGGAGACCUGCAGACACGUCUGACACUUCCUCGCAGAAUGAGCCUGUGCUGCAGGAGCAGGUGGAAAAGCUCAACAGGCAGAACUCUGAGCAUUCCCAUGCAAAGGCCGAGGCUGGCAAUCACAAGGGGGAGGACAGGGGAAGUGGGGGAAGAAGACAGGAGUCCGUCGGGCUGAUCCUGGACGGACCACACACCUCUGCUACCAGGUCAGAGGACAGGAAGAAGGUCACCAAGGAGAUAGAGGAGGAAAAUGCAGGGGCGGUCUUUGAUGACUCCGAGGAAGAGGAAGAGGACAAAAGGGCGGAAGAAGGGACUGGAAAAGCGAAGGGUGAUGGGAAGAGUUCGUCCAAAUCAGAAAAGGCGCCGAGUAUCAUUGUGGAUAUCUGCAGGAGCUCUCUCCAACCACAGGACAGUAAACCUCGUGUCACAGAAGAGGAGCUGGGGAAGGACGACCUCAAAGAAAGCCGAGUGGGAGACAGUGAAGUGGAAAGGGGUGAGGGGCCGGGGGUUGAGGGGGACGCGCAUCAGGCUUCCAAAUCUGAGGAAGUAAAGGCCGAGGUGGACGAGGAAGGGAAGGAGGCAGAGUCAGCAGUGAAGGAAUUCAUCAUUGAGGCGAGCCCUCCACCAUUGGCACCUUUCGACCACCGCAUUGUGACCCCCAAACCCCAUCAGAUAACCAGCUACUACACCAUCAACAGAGACGAGGUCCUGGGGGGGGGGCGUUUUGGACAAGUCCACAAGUGCCUAGAGAACUCGUCUGGUUUGGUGUUGGCUGCCAAGAUCAUCAAAGCCAGGAGCCAGAAAGAGAAGGACGUGGUGAGGAAUGAAGUCCAGGUGAUGAACCAGCUGAACCACGCCAACCUGAUCCAGCUGUACGCCGCCUAUGAGUCGCGCUAUGACAUCAUCCUGGUCAUGGAAUAUGUGGAGGGAGGAGAGCUGUUUGACCGCAUCAUUGAUGAGAACUACAACCUGACGGAGCUGGACACGGUGCUGUUUAUACGCCAGAUCUGUGAAGGGCUGCAGUACAUGCACAAGAUGUACAUCCUACAUCUCGACCUCAAGCCAGAGAACAUUCUUUGUGUCAGCAGAGCAACUAACAAGAUUAAAAUCAUUGACUUUGGCCUGGCCAGGAGGUAUAAACCCAGGGAGAAGCUGAGGGUAAACUUUGGAACACCUGAAUUUCUCGCCCCUGAAGUCAUCAACUAUGAGUUUGUUUCAUUCCCCACUGACAUGUGGAGUCUGGGCGUCAUCACUUACAUGUUGCUCAGUGGAUUGUCUCCGUUUCUGGGGGACGAUGACAACGAGACCUUGAACAACAUUCUGGCCUGUCAGUGGAACUUUGAGGAGGUGGAGUUCACGGACAUCUCGGACGAGGCCAAAGAAUUCAUCACCCUUCUGCUGGUAAAGAGCAAGAGCUGGAGGAUGAGCGCCACAGAGUCCCUUAGGCACCCCUGGCUGUCAGACCGGAGUCUGCACUAUCGACUAAAUCAGAAGAAAAACAAGUGCCACUCCACACAUGUUCCUUCUCCAUAGAGCCAGACAGAAACACUGUGAGGCCCUCAGCAUGCUGGAGCUCAACACUGGACCAAUGGCGACGUACCUGUAUGGCGACUGGAAAACUACUCUCGCAUCCUCGUGUUGGCUUCGCAGCUUGUAGUUCUGACCCGAGUAGUGUAGAGCCCGCAGGAGAAGAAGAGACUUUCUUAACACUGCCGUUAAGUCACAUAUCAUCUAGCUAGCAUGAGUGCUAGCAUGCUUUGCCGCAGAGCGCGAAAACGUCCUCCAGAACCGGCCCUUAUGGUGCUGGGUAGAGCGAAUCUGAAAUAUUAGACACUAAAGGCCUGAUAUUUGACACUCCCAUGACUCCCACAUGUAGUGAAAAGGGAAGAACUGAAAAUCACCAGAUUAGCAUCAAACAGACACUGUUAUUCUCCCUCUGACUGUGAGCAGUUCGUCACGUCGUCAUGGUUUGUUGCAUGCUUUGCACUUUUUUCCGCAAGAUUUAGCAAACAGCUACAAUAGACCGAAAGCUAGUACUCAAUUAAUAUAUUUUUGUGAAUACAGAUAUAUAUAUAUAUAUUUUUUUUUCCUUCAUUUAAGUUACAAGUCUUAUAAAAUGUUAUUCUUUCUCGAGCAUACAGUUUAAAAAAACACUUUUGAACUUGGUUGAGUUGAAGUUGUAGUCACGCCACAUUAAUUUAUUUUGUACAGUGUGUAACACAACACCUCAUACUCUCAUUCCCCUGAAGAGUGAAGAUAUCUCAACGACUGAACACUUUCGGGUUCCAGCCCGCGUUUCUGGUACAUCUUCUCUGUAGACCGGGUUGCCUUCUGUUUGCGUUCACGCCACUUUCUCGCCUUUGCUUUGGCAGUUUGCAGUAACCCUCUCACCUUCCAUGAAGGCACAACGAGCAACAGAAUACUACCUGUCAAUAACUCCUCAUUAUCACUGGAGUGGAUUGUUAUGACAUCUGACUGUACGUGAAGGCAAAGCUUCUUCAUUCAAGACGGGAUUUCUUUAAGGGCAGACAAACAGGAUCUGCACGUACUGCAACGACAAGAGCGGUGGUGAUAAAAGAUUUAAAAUCUACAACAUGUUCUUUCUAAGGCGCGGGAAGUCGGAUGAAGGUUUAUCCCUCAGUUAUGGUGGCUGCUCCACUUAGAAAUGAAACGGCUGUGUGAUCUUUAAUACUUGUUUAUUUGAAUAUCUGAUACCGUUUUCCAAGUUUUCUAGUGUACUAAUGAGACAUAAUUAAAUGUAGAAUUUGAAUAAGCAAAUAAAUAGAGCACAGAACAUGUUUUCUUACAGUGUAUUUCUUUUGCUACAUUGAACAUUAAAUUGUUUGGCCAUUUGCAUGAAAAUAGCACUUAGUUGUAAACAUUCAAACAACUAUCCACUCACACCGGGACUGUGUGAAUGUUUUUUAGUUUAUAUGUUAUGUCUACGCACUCAAAUCAGCAGAAAUAUUUUAAAAACGCACAUAUUGAUAUGUAGUCAAUCCCACUUCAUGUAUCAGUAUGUUGCUUCCACAAUAAAAGUCGAAUACGACAAAAUUGCUAUUAAAUUAAGUGAAAUGCAAUGUGAAAA